UCUUGUAGAGAUUGCUCCCUGGUUAGUAGUAUAGUAGUACUAGAAAGAAAACAGUAAUGGUAGAACAUAAUAAAAGAGUACGUUCUUAUUUUCCCUUUUUAUUUUAUUCUAAGUUUUUUCAAGAAUCAAGUCAUGUGGUUAUCAAGCAGUGACAACAGGGGACUUUCAGCUUAUUCUAAAUCAACAUCAUCUACUUUUUCUUCAUCUCAUUCUCCAUUUUCUUCAAGGGUCAAAACUAUGGAAGAAGUUUGGAAAGACAUUAAUCUUUCUUCUCUUCAAGACCACAAUACUAAUUACUCUAGAGAUCAUGAUCAUCAUCAUCAAAAUGCUAAUUUUGGUGGCAUGAUUUUACAAGAUUUCUUGGCUAGACCUUUUGCUAAUGAACCAUCACCAGUAGCAGCAGCAACAGCAGCAGCCUCCCCUGUUUUAGCAACAACUAUGCUGAAUUUAAACUCUGUUCCAGAGUUUCAUUUCUUUGAUAACCCUUUAAGGCAAAACUCAAUCUUGCAUCAACCAAAUGUUAGUGGAAGUAAAAGGGUUGUCCCUGAAACAGAGGACAAUUCUACAGGGGAUAGGAGAAAUCAGAGGAUGAUCAAGAACCGUGCUUCUGCUGCUAGAUCAAGAGCUAGAAAACAGGCUUAUAUAAACGAGUUGGAGAUGGAAGUGGCACAUUUAGUCGAAGAGAAUGCAAGACUCAAGAAGCAGGAACAGUUACGCUUAGCUGCAGCUGAUAAAGUUCCCAAAAAGAACUCUUUGUAUCGGACGUCAACCGCCCCAUUUUGAAGGGGGGGACGGGGGAAUGGGUUUAUUAGUAGUAAAAUUUAGAAGAUUUGUCUAAGUGAUGCUCGUUUUAAUAGUAUUUAAAACAAUUUCUGUUACUCUUCCCAUUUUGCUUUUUUUGUUUGUUUGUAAUAUCAACUCACUGUUGUAUUGAUGGUGGCCUUGUGGGCCGAUGAAUAUUACUAGUACUAGCAAGAUUAAAGAAAGAAGGGAAAAAAUAGGUUGUGGUUUAAGGAAAGUGUAGGGCAUUAUUAUCAAAUAGGAAGACGGUUUAGUCUUUUAUGGCAAUGAAAACAAUCAACAACAAA